AUGACUUUCCUCUCUCUGUUCGCAGUUCCCUACGCAGUCAACUACUUCACAAAAGUGAUGAAUUACACCUUGUACGUCUUCUUCACAAUUCUAACUCUCUUCGCCCGAGAGUUGAAUGAAUUCUUUUGGUUUAUCAAGAUUUUAGAGAGCAUGCUAGUCUUCCAGUAUUCCAUUGGGUAUCUCCAAGGAGCCGCUGUGAAUUACUUGAAUCCAGAAGACUACACACAUGAAUACAUGUUUUAUACGGUGUAUUUCGGGUUGAUUCUCCACUUUGUGCUUCUGAUAAUCUGUGAUUGGGAGAAUACAAAUGGUCCCGAAAUUGUGAAGAAGUUGAUCGGAAGAUUCCGGUCGGCACGUAGCGAGCAGGGGGAUGAACAGGUUUUCAAUAACAUAUCUUAA